AUGCCUUCCACACAACACAAUGUUCAAUGUAUUGAUGCUCAGCGAGUUGCAAAUGUGUCACCGGAAUUAAAUGGUGGAAUAUUGUUGAAUGUGACCGGCACAGUUGUCGUCGGCGAUGGCGAUCUCCGCAUAUUCACACAAUCGAUCAUGUUGAUGGAAAUUGAGCACAUGAGGACUGUGGAGCUGCUAGCAGCAAAAGCAGCCAACUGGGGGCUGCCGAACGAUGAAGAAAUUGAUGAUAUCGAAGGACCUUCGGAUGAUAGAUGUACGAGUCAAUUGCUCGCAGAAACUCUGGACAGUGUCCGAAAAAGAGAGAAGGAGCUCAUUGAGCAACAAUAUCAUCCAGAUGUGAAUGCGAUUCGAUCAAAUGCGAAAACUCUUCACGAAUUGCAAGGGCGCAUCGAAACUGUGAAAAAUACAAUGAAAGAGCUUCAAGAGGCGUAUCAAUCAGUCUCGAGUCGGACGUCGUCACUUCACGACGCUUGCGAUCGAGCGCUUGCCCAGCAGAACGCGCUUUCGACGGGAUCUGACAUGAUCAAAACGAAUUUGUAUUAUUUCAAAAAAGCCGACGCCAUUAUGAAGAAGCUCUCGGUCGCGAAGCUUAUGGUCACUGGCCAAUCAUUCGCCGCGAUUUUGGCAUCGAUCGAUGAAUGUUUGUCGUUUCUUCGAUCUCAUCCCGAGUACAAAGAAUCGGCGACAUAUGUCGCCAAGUUUGAGCAAUGCUUGAGCAGAGCUCUAACUUGGGUUCGAAUUGGAGUUUUGGCCGAUUUGGAGAGCUGCUUCAAUGAUGUGAAAGAUAGGCAAGCGCAAUUGAAUAUCGAUUAUGAGAAAAUCGGCCGAAGCGGCGCCGACGAGGACACGUUCGCUCUACUCUAUGGUGUGUUUGCGUCGAAAGCAUCGUCGAUCAAGGGAGCAAUUUCGGUUGUCGAGCAGCGAUUCUGGAAUGUUCCCGAAUUUGAGGAAAUGCUCGCCGAAUGCCAAUUUGCGUAUUUCGCCAAAAGAAAUUUGCUGUUGGCGCCGAUUUUGGAAUCGACUUUGGCGAAUUUAUCCGCGAUCAACGCGAAUUCGACGUGUCGAUUGACACGCGAUGCUUGCACAUUUAUGCUGAGAACAUGUGAUGAUGAAUAUCGUCUGUAUCGUCAAUUCUUUGUCACCAAGAAUAUCGGAAUCGGAAGAACUGACGGUGGACAUGAUGGAAGAAUGAGUCCGGCGGCAUCGACGAUCGCAUCGGUGUUCAAAUUCGAUCAGCAGCCGACAAAUGUGCAUCCGUUCGAGACGUUCACUGAGCAAAUUUGCCGAUUACUGUAUGAUAUGCUGAGACCGAGAAUUGUGCACAAUCCGCAUUUGGAAACGCUCGCCGAAUUGUGCAAUAUGAUUAAGGUGGAAAUGAUUGAGAAUCGAUGCUCUCUUCAAAUGGUUGCCACCAUACUUGGCGAUGAUGCCGAAUCAUCCAGUGCGUUGAAUCCGAGGGCUGGAUUCGUUUCGGUGAUGGGAGAACUCGUCGGCGAUAUUGCUGAGCGAAUUGUCCAUCGCGCCGGCCUCUAUGCUCUCAAUGAUAUCGGCUCGUAUCGUCCGGCUCCCGGCGACAUCGCCUAUCCGGAUAUGCUCAAAAUGAUGAGAAAAAUCGAGCAGGAGCAGCUUGAGAAGUCGGCGGAGGAGAAGCCGCAAGUCGCCACCGCCAUUGAUCAACAUUGCCUUUGGUAUCCGACGGUCCGGCGGACGGUCUUGUGUCUUUCGAAGAUAUUCCCAUGUUUGGAUGUGGGAGUAUUCCAUUCGUUGGCUCGCGAAAUGCUCGCGUGCUGUAUUGAAUCGCUCGAGGUUGCGGCGAACGCGAUUCAGACGACGCCGCCGGCGAAAGGAGGCUGGAGCAAAACUCUUGAUUCGAAUUUGUUUGUUGUCAAACAUUUGCUGAUUCUCCGCGAGCAAACUGCCCCAUAUCGCCAUAAUGUUCUUCGAGCUGACGCGUUGCCGACGAAGGAUUUCUCUCUGGACUUCUCGAAAUUCGCUCACGUUCUGUUCGACUCGAAAACCAAAUGGUUCGAGUUGAGCUCGCACAACACACUACUCGAAUUGAUUACGACGGUGCCGAUUGAAGUUCGCGAGGAGGAUGGCGAUUCUCGAAGGGUUCUCGAUCAGAAGUUGAGGUCGGCUUCACUUCAAUUGGCGCACGAAGCUUCGCAGAUAAUGAUUGGCAAAUUGGCGCAAUGGGUGGAUAUGGCGGAAGAUGAGAUGCUCAAAGAAGGAUUCAAACUGGAGAGUUAUCCGCAACUUUCGGCCAAUCAUCUCAAAGAUUUGUCAUCGGAAGCUUAUAAGAAUGUUGGAUCAAAAUUUGUAGAGAUUCGCGAGGCUUAUUCGCUCUAUAUUGGCGUCGCCGAGACUGAAGCGAUUCUUCUUUCGCCGGUUCGAAAACGUGUGAUCGACGUGUUCACGCGAGCCAAUGCGUUCGCCACCAAGUGCUAUGAUGAGGAGCAAAGAGCUGUCGCUGCUCUUCCGAAUGUCCAACAGCUAAUCCUGCUCCUUAAUAAGUGA